UUGACACCAUGUGUUUGUAAUUAGCGGUGCUGUGAAUAGUGUAAAAAUGUUGUUAUAUAUGAAAGUGAAGUAAUAAAUUCAAAUAUUUGUGUCCUAAAUACUAAUUCCGUGUUUAUAUAUUAAAUAUUUAGUGAGACGGAAACAUGUCAGUUUUUAAGUACAUCGAUCGAAAAUCAUUACGUAAAAUCUUAAAGCUAACCUCAAAUUUUAAGGAGGAUAGAAAUGUUUUCUCAUCCUACGCCAAAUAUGCUGAACAUAAAGAAUUGGAUCACAUACGGAACAUUGGCAUCUCAGCACACAUUGAUUCCGGGAAAACAACUCUUACCGAAAGAAUAUUGUUUUAUACUGGGCGAAUCUCAGAGAUGCACGAGGUAAAAGGAAAAGAUAAUGUUGGUGCCACAAUGGACUCUAUGGAACUUGAAAGACAGAGAGGCAUCACAAUUCAAUCUGCUGCUACAUACACACUUUGGAAAGGAUAUAACGUAAAUAUUAUUGACACACCAGGUCACGUGGACUUUACUGUUGAAGUGGAACGUGCCCUCAGAGUUCUUGAUGGGGCAAUACUUGUCUUGUGUGCUGUAGGUGGCGUGCAGAGCCAGACCCUAACUGUAAACAGGCAAAUGAAACGUUACAGUGUACCCUGCAUCGCGUUUAUAAACAAACUUGACAGGAUGGGAGCAAAUCCAGUCAGAGUUCUCUCACAAAUAAGGUCAAAACUGGGGCACAAUGCAGCAUUUCUUCAAUUACCCAUUGGUGUAGAAUCUGAUACAAAAGGGAUUGUAGAUCUCAUAGAAAGGAAGGCUCUGUAUUUCGAAGGACAGCAUGGGGAAGUUGUGAGAGAAGAUGAAGUGCCACAAAGCAUGAGAGCAGAAUGUGAGGACAGACGGCAAGAAUUAAUUGAACAUGUUUCAAAUGCAGAUGAUGUUCUUGGUGAAAUGUUUCUUGAGGAAAAGACUCCAUCAGAAGCUGAUUUGAAAUCUGCUAUACGCCGUGCAUGCCUGCGUCGUUCAUUCACACCUGUUAUGGUUGGAACAGCAUUAAAGAACAAAGGUGUUCAGCCACUCUUGGAUGGUGUAGUUGACUAUCUGCCAAACCCAGGAGAAGUACAAAACGUGGCACUAAGAGAAGAGGAGGGAAAGAAGCAAGAAAAAAUAAUUUUAAGUCCUGUGAGAGAUGGAAGCACUCCAUUUGUUGCACUUGCAUUUAAACUAGAAGCAGGAAGAUAUGGUCAGCUGACAUAUCUAAGAUGUUACCAAGGAAUGCUGAAGAAAGGAGACACUAUAUUCAAUGCCAGGACAAAUAAAAAGGUUCGAAUUCCUCGUCUAGUUCGUCUUCAUGCUAAUCAGAUGGAAGAUGUUUCAGAGGUUUAUGCUGGAGACAUAUUUGCUGUGUUUGGAGUUGAUUGUGCUAGUGGUGAUACUUUUGUUCUCGAUCCAAAAUUAAAUCUUGCAAUGGAAUCUAUCUACGUACCAGACCCAGUGGUUUCAAUGUCUAUUAAGCCAGUGAAUUCAAAAGACAGAGAUAACUUCAGCAAGGCUGUAGCACGUUUCACAAAAGAGGAUCCUACAUUCCGCUUUCAUUACGAUCCAGACAGCAAAGAGACUAUUGUAUCUGGCAUGGGAGAGCUACAUUUGGAAAUUUAUGCACAAAGAAUGCAAAGAGAGUAUUCCUGUGAAGUUGUACUUGGUAAGCCCAAAGUUUCCUUCAGAGAGACUCUUGUUAAAUCCUGUGAAUUUGACUAUCUGCAUAAGAAGCAGUCUGGAGGUGCUGGGCAGUAUGCAAGAGUAAUUGGUGUAUUGGAGCCACUUCCUCCAGAGGCAAAUACAGUUUUGGAGUUUUCGGAUGAAACAAAGGGAACAAAUGUGCCUAAGCAGUUCAUUCCUGGAGUAGAGAAAGGAUUUCGUCAGAUGGCAGAGAAAGGUCUUCUGUCUGGCCACAAAAUAGCAGGGGUGAAAUUCAGAUUAUUUGAUGGUGCUCACCACAUUGUUGACUCUAGUGAACUGGCAUUCAUGCUUGCAGCACAUGGAGCUGUCAAACAAGUGUUUGAGAAUGGUGUGUGGCAAAUAUUGGAACCAAUCAUGUCAGUUGAAAUAACUGCACCGGAAGAAUUUCAAGGAGUCAUUGCUGGACAUAUAAGCAAGAGACAUGGAAUCGUAACAGGGACAGACAGUCAAGAAGGCUGGUUUACAAUUUAUGCUGAGGUACCUCUCAAUGAAAUGUUUGGUUAUGCCUCUGAGCUGCGUUCCUCCACACAGGGGAAGGGGGAAUUUGCCAUGGAUUACAGUCGCUACUCACCAUGCCUACCCGAUGUUCAAGAACAGCUAAUGCAAGAAUAUCAAGAAAGCAUUGGAAAUGUACCUCAGCAGAAGAAAAGGAAAAAUUAAAUAAAGUCUUUAGAUAAUUUGAUCUAAGCAAAUUAUAUUUAGUUAUCACAGUAAUGGGGGAAAACUGUGGAAUCAAUAUCCUUUCCACUUUUCGUUCCAUUUGACUACUGUCUCUGUGAGUUACUGUGUAAUAACUCAGUGUAUUCUCCUCGAUCAGUUGUGAUAUUUUGAAUGUCUGAUUACUAGACAUUAUUCAGUGGUCUAAAGACAUAGAUACAGUCUGUGAGAUUAUUUGUUGAAGAGAUGUGGCUAGAGAACUUUUGCCACAAAACUGUGAUUUGAAGAACAGGUUACCUAUUUAUGCUGAAUGACAAUUGUGUUUGUAUUAUAUUACAAACUUUGGAUGGACUUUAGAAGUCAAUCUCUCUGAUCUGGAAAUGUAAGUUAUUCGUAUCAGGAUGAGAUGUAAAUAUUGUAUAUAGCAGUCAAUAAAAGUAUGAGACAUU